AUGCCGAGUAAACAAAUCGGCACUAUUCUAUCGGUAAUCGAGGUACAAGACGUAACUUUGGCUAAGAUCAAGGCUGAGGAUAUUGUAGUAAGGGUAUUGACAAGUGUAAAGACAUUAAACGACUCCCAUGCUACCUACGUAGUAGCUCUAGCCGAACUGAAAUCCUCGUAUAAUGUAUACGCCGCUUCUCUAGCCGAAUUAAAGACGGUAAACAUUAGUCCUGAAAUUCUGGAAGGUGUUAAGGCUUUAAACGAAGCUCAUGUCAGCUACGCUAAGGCUUUGGCCGAUCUCCAGUUUCUGGCCGCUAAGCCUGCUCCUCCAGCACUUGAGAAAGUCGACCUGUCACUACUAUUUACCAAACUCGAUAAAUAUACUACUUACCUAACCGAGAUCAAGUCCGCAGUUACUAUACUAGCUCCAGCUCCCGAAAAGGUUAAUCUGUCUCCCUUGUCUACAAAGCUCGAGGAACACUCUACCUACUUAAUAGAUAUUAAAUCUGCCGUUAAUACCCCGACCCUAGUUCCCGAGAAAGUAGAUUUGAGUACCCUCGAGACCUUAGUUAAUAACACUGCGGAGCUAAAGAUCCUUUCUAUAGUCGAGGCGCUCGGGAAGGAGGAUAUGGAGAUUCUGGGCGAGGUGAAGAGUAUCAAGACUCUGAUUAAAGAGGAUAAGAAGGAUUAG